AUGGUUUCAAAGGAUGGCAAGGAUUUUAAAUUCAAGAUUGUCCUGCUCGGCGAAGGGGCUGUUGGAAAAUCGUCGUUGGUUUUGAGAUAUUGCGAGAAUAAAUUCAAACAAAUGCACGUUUCGACGAUUCAAGCAAGCUUCCAAAAGCGGACUAUAACCGUAGACGAAUGUAAAGCAGAAUUGAAUAUUUGGGAUACGGCUGGACAGGAGAAAUAUCAUGCUCUCGGACCAAUUUAUUAUAGAGGAAGCAAUGGGGUUUUGCUCAUAUUCGAUAUAACAGAUCGUCGAUCAUUCGACAAAGUCAAAAUGUGGAUGCGAGAGAUUAAAACGAGCCUUGGCGAUUCAGCGGAGUUAAUGAUAAUCGGCAAUAAGCUGGAUUUAGAGCAUCAGAGGAAUGUAGCCAAAUCGGAAGCUGAAGAAUAUGCGAAAGGUGAAAACGCGCUUUAUAUGGAGACGUCAGCUAUGGAGAACAUUGGAAUAUCUGAAGCUUUUGAGGAGUUAACUAUAAAAAUGAUCGAACAUUGGAGGGAGCAUGGCCGAGAUACUUCAGCUAUAGGGACCCGUUCGAUUCAACUAGUCGCCGAUGAUGACGACGAUGAGGAACCCGAAGAACCGAGACGUCGUCGAAAAUGUUGUACAUAA